ACAGGUACAAGUACUAAAGCACUGUACCCGGUACCUGUAAAAUACACACAGUGUGUCCUGUUCACAUGAGUUGGUCCAAGUUACUCGCACGAGUACAGUAUGUAGCUAGCAAAUGUCGUCAAAUCAAGACAGAAUCGCUCCGGCUGCACCCCUUGCCGCUUCCGUCCUAGCCCAUGCUUAAUGCAAAGAAGCCCCUCUAGCGCUGAGAAAAGUCCCCUGUGGCAGAUGACCCGCCGGCCCGUAAGGCUACCAAACUCUCACAUCCUCCCCCCCAUCAUCUUCCCGAGGCUGGGUGAAUCAUAUUGCGCCUCUCAGAAAAAAAAACAUAAGAUCGCCAACCUUAUAUAUACCUACAUUCCCGUCUCUUAUACACAACACACGCCAUAUGGCUGCUCAGUUUGCUUCCCAUGGCCGCGGCGGCGCGGGCAACAUGGCCGAUGCCGCACAGUCACCAAAGAUCAACCCUUCGGAUCUCGAGACCCCCGUGCUGAAAACGGCGGUUGUUACGACUGGUCGAGGGGGCACUGGCAAUAUGGCUCAGAACAACGACCCUCGCGAGACUCGUCUUCGCCAGGACGUUAAGGCUGUCCCUCGGCGACUUAGCGCAGGAGCCCAGUACGUUGGCCGUGGCGGCGCUGGCAACGUAUUCAAGGGCGAGGACGAACUCGAAGAGCUGGCGCGCAACCGUAGCGUGGAGCAAGCCAUCGACGAAACCCCCGAGAGAGAGUCGGACAAGUCCUCUGACAAGUCGGCCGAAAGGACUGAGAAGACGGAGACAAAGAGACGAUGGCUGUUUGGCAAGAAGCAAUAAAGCGUCGACGAAUUCCUCUAUUUCUGCCUUUUCCCCCUCUCUUCCCCCAUCUUCUCUCUUCCCCUCUCCUCAUUUCUCUCUCUCUUUCGCUUUUUCAAAUUCCCCGGUUUUUUAGGAACUACUUUAUUCAUGGUGUUUGGAUUUCGUAGGGCGCAUUUCGUCAUGGUUCGUGUUUAGGUACGGAGUCUUCUCGGUGGUAACCAAAAAAAAGAUUGUUUGUGGGCUUCAAUUAGGAAACGGCAUCCAAAACCAAAAGGGUAUUUCAACAGACGGAGCGAUUCUUGGUUUUUAGAUCGGGCUUACAAUACAGCUUGUCAUUUCAAUAUACUAUUCUGACUCUGCCGCUGAAUUGAGAGCCGGCCGCCUUUU